AUGUAUAUAAUGCCUUUUCUUGUAAGCUUUGGUGGGGUUUGCGCACAAGAGUCAUCUCUGUGGGCAACCUUCAUACGGGCAAAGUAUUGUAAAGGAAUCCACCCUUGUCAAGUGGUUAGUUCUCAGGCUGCCUCACCAACUUGGAGGCGCAUGGUCAAUGUGAGUCACCAAGCGAAAUUGUGCAUGGUAUGGUUGCUUAAUGAUGGGACUUGUGAUUUUUGGAAUGAUAAUUGGUUGGGGAGUGGGCCUCUUUUUCUUAGGGCUUCGGUGGUUCCGGGCCUUUCGUUUUCUGAUGUUAUGGUCAAUGGCACCUGGGAUAAUUGUCGGUUGUCACAGAUUCUGCCGCCAACCAUUGUGGAUGAGGUGAUGCAUUCACCGGCACUGAGUGGAAGGGGAAUACCUUUGAGAGUGUCCUUGUUCAUGUUGCGUUUGCUCAUGAGGCGACUGCCUUUGGAUGACGUUUUAGGGGAGCUGGGGUUCCAGUUGGCGUCAAAGUGCUUCUGCUGUACGUUUGUCACAGGAGAGACACUGGAGCAUGUGUUUUCUGCAGGGCAGCUUGCAUUGGAGGUUUGGGCGUAUUUUCAGAACAUAUGUGGUAUUGGCAGUUCGCACGAUAGCCUCCGAGCACAUUUGUUUGAUUGGUGGAUGUCCCCUACUCCAAGGGGCAGGCAGAGAUUCGUAUAUGACAUUGUUCCAGUUUUUAUCUGCUGGAACAUUUGGAAGGCGAGGUGUAGAGCGGUUUUUGAGGGGGCUAGAGUUCGUGUAAAGGAGAUAUGUGAAGCGGUCUUCCAAGAUGUCAAAUCGGCAUUUGAGAUUCAGUUUAGCCUGGCCGCCCAAGUGAGCGAUUUCUCGCUGUUCUACGAGAGGAUAGCUCAAUCGACUGAUCUGUAUGAGUUCAGGAUUGUUCGGUGGAGGGCAGGGGGGAAACCGGGAGCAAGUGGUGGAGGUGGCAUUCUUAGAGACUCCGAUGGGCAGUUAUUGGUUGCUUUCUCGGCGUACCUGGGGGAGGCUACUAGUCUUCGUGCUGAAGUGUUGGCCAUGUUGAAGGGUGUUCAGUUGUGUCUUGGAAAGGGAUUUAUCCCCAGGAUAGUGCAAUCGGAUUCAAUGGUAUUAAUGACAUACUCCAGCAGCGAUGCCUAUGUCCUUGGUCUGUCAGAAGAGAGGUGGAACAAGUCUGGCACCUGGUAG